UAUGAAUGAAGAUUAAUCAAUAGACAAUACGAUGAAAGUGUCAGUAAAAUUUACUUUUGGAAGAAAGAUUUACGUUUCUCGUGGCACGUAGUCUAAUCGAUGUUAUUGAAAGUGGGAAAUACAUUGUAUCGCAGUGACGCGCGAUAAUAAUUUAGUAUCAGUACCGAAACGUAAUUGAGGAGUAUACCAGUGAAUUUAAUUAUGAGAAGUGAACCCAGUGAAAACAUGUUCAGCAUAUUAAUAAUACUUACAGUGCUUUUACCUUCUAUUGUACAUUCUAAUUAUUUCGGAACGAACAAUCAGAAGGAUGAUCAAUGCUUUUGUAAGUUGAAGGGUUCGAUUGAUGACUGCAGUUGCAAUGUGGAUACAGUGGAUUACUUUAAUAAUAUUAAAAUUUAUCCCAGACUUCAGAGUCUUCUAGUCAGAGAUUAUUUUCGCUUUUAUAAAGUAAAUUUAAAGCAAGAAUGCCCUUUCUGGACUGAUGAUAGUAAAUGUGCUAUGAGAUAUUGCCAUGUACAACCUUGUCAGGAUGAGGAUAUUCCAGAUGGUUUGAAAGGAGAUAUGUUAAGGAACAUUCAUUUUAAUGAAAGUCCUGUAGAUAAAUAUAAAGCUACAGCACAUUAUAAUGAUUGUUUAUAUAAUGCUAAAGAUCAUAAUAGAGAACUUAGUUACUUAAAUACAACAAUUAGUUCAGAAAACUAUAAAGAUUUUGAAUUAUGGCAGCAAUAUGAUGAUGCUCAAGAUAAUUUUUGUGUAAAAGAAUCUGAUCCAGGAGAAUAUGUGGAUCUUUUGUUAAAUCCUGAAAGAUAUACAGGAUAUAAAGGACCCAGUGCACAUAGAAUAUGGCGCAGUAUUUAUUUGGAAAAUUGUUUCAGACCUGAAAAUUCCCCACAUAACUUUAUUCAAUCUUCAAAAAUAAAUGGAAUGUGUUUAGAAAAGAGAGCUUUCUAUCGUGUUAUAUCAGGUCUUCAUGCUAGUAUUAAUAUUCAUUUGUGUUCAAAAUAUUUAUUAUCAUCAAAGGAAGAUUUAGGGUUAAUAUCUGGUGGCAGGUGGGGCCCUAAUUUGCAAGAGUUUCAAAAAAGAUUUUCACCAGAGGAAACAAGAGAUGAAGGCCCAAAUUGGUUAAAAAAUUUAUAUUUUAUUUAUUUACUGGAAUUGAGAGCUUUAGCAAAAGCUGCACCAUAUUUAGAAAAAGAAGAAUAUUAUACUGGUAAUAAAGCACAAGAUAAUGACACUCGUUUGGCAAUGAAUGAUAUUUUAAGUGUUAUUAGAUCGUUUCCUGAUCAUUUCAAUGAAAGCACUAUGUUUACUGGUGGAGUUGAGGCUCAGUUGUUAAAAGAACAAUUUCGGCAACACUUUAGAAAUAUAUCUCGUAUCAUGGACUGUGUGGGUUGCGAUAAAUGUAAAUUAUGGGGAAAACUUCAAACACAUGGUUUGGGUACAGCACUUAAAAUUCUAUUCUCAGGGAAAUUUGAUAAAUGGGAAUCAAUGUUAAAUAACUUUGAUAGGAAAAAAUUCUUUUUAGAAAGAAGUGAAAUUGUUGCACUUAUAAAUGCUUUUGGGAGAUUAUCAGAAAGCAUCUUUGAACUGGACAACUUUAGGCAUAUGCUGAGAUAGCACAAUACUGAUUAGGAGGUCUUCUACAAAUCCAGGUCAGAAAAAAGGGCAUUUUUGAACAUUUUUUUCAAAAAAAUCUUAAGAUCAUUUAACAUAAGGUUUUCAUUACCUUAUUUGUUCAUAUUUCUAGCUAAUUUUUCAAUUUUUUUUCAAUAUGAAAUAGUGAAAAUUGUAGGAAUUAUAUAACGAUAUACACAUGUAGGUUCAAAAAACGGGUUCGGAUAACUGAUAUGGUAGCGGCUUUUCUGCUUAUCGGAAACAAAAAAAUCAAAAUGCAUUUUGAUUGAUAGGGAUACAGUUAUGGUUCGUGCUGUGGAAAAAAAAAACUUUUUCACUUAAAAGAAUGUCGAAACUGUGAAUUUUAAAUGCCUAUUCUCUCCUGCUAAUUUUUUCAUUUCAAAUUUAAAAUAUAAAAACACAUCAGAUCUUAAUAUCCGCAGUUCCAGCGAUGAAGGUACAUCUGCUUAACAUUCAGUAAAAAUUAAAAGUCAGUCGAUAACUUAGAAUUUGAAAUAUCAUAUC